AUGGAAAUAUUACGAGUAAAAACUUCGUCUAAAAUUAUGCAUUUAGAAAAUUUAACAUUCGCUACAAGCUACACUAACCCAAUCGUAACAACAUUACCAGACAUUCAAUGCCAAAACUCCCCGACAAUAACAACAUUUGCAAAACAGUCAACAUCUGAUGGUCAAGAUGUCACAGUCGACAUGACAUUAAUUGAUAAUCAAAAUUAUUUUGAUUUUCAAAAUCCAAAUUUUCCAUCUUACACGGAACGCUGCCAACAAUCACAACAACAAAAUUGUACUCAAACAUACAAUUUGAAUGAUGAAAUCUCAACGAAUUUUCAUAUCGAGUUAACUGAGGAUCAAAUGAAUUUAGAACGACAAUUUUCCUCAGCAUUCUUUAGCACACUCGAAUUAGAUAAUCAAAAUUACGAUGAUACCUCAUUGUUAUGUGAUUUUGAGGAACCAAUUGAAAAGAAAGCAAACACUGUGGAACAAUGUUCCUCACCAUCUUUAUAUUCUGACCAUAAACAAUUUUUUGAUUUAUUUUCAUCAAAUACGGGUGAAGUUGAAGAUGAUCCACAAAUUGGAGCCGAAAUAAGUUUUGAUGAAACAGUUGAGGAAAAGUUACCAUCAAUAUGUCAAACAUUUGUGGGAAAACAUUUUGGUAAUAUGUUAAAACAAGAAAACAUUGAUGUUAAUCAUGAUAACGUUGUUACAUCACAUUAUACGGAUAUUAAUAAUUUUUUGCGUAAUUCAUCGGCAACGAAGAAUCAAAUUAUCUUACCACAAAAAGAUGCAAUAUUAGGUUCAACCGAUCCAUUUUUAAGUUCAACAACAAAUUCAACAUUUAAUAAUAUGCAACACAAAAGUUUAGAUAAUUUUACUGUAAAAUUUAAAAAACAUUUAUCGGAACUCACAACUUCAGAAGAUUCAAAUAAUUGUCAAAAUACUGAGCAAAAUGAAGAUGUUAUUGAAGAAAAUGAUGGAAUAUCCGAUGAGAAUGACGAAUUUAGUUCAAAUAAUUCUUUACGACAAUGUAAAUGGGCUGAAUGUUAUAAACAGUUUUAUGGCGAAACGUUAUUAGUGAAACAUAUUGAAAAAUUUCAUGUGGAAAUUAAACGAGGUGAUGAAUUCGCAUGCUUUUGGGAAAAUUGUCCAAGAAAAACCAAACCUUUUAAUGCAAGAUACAAGUUAUUAAUUCAUAUGCGAGUUCAUAGUGGCGAAAAACCUAAUAAAUGUUCGUGGCCACGAUGUAACAAAGCAUUUUCAAGACUUGAAAAUUUAAAAAUACAUCAACGCAGCCAUACUGGUGAACGUCCAUAUAAAUGCCAACAUGGAGGAUGUCAUAAAGCGUUUAGUAACAGUUCCGAUCGAGCAAAACAUCAAAGAACUCAUGUUGAUACUAAACCCUACGCAUGUCAAGUAGCAAAUUGCUUAAAACGUUACACCGACCCAAGUAGUUUACGUAAACAUGUAAAAAACCAUUCAUUAAAGGAGCAAGCAUAUGUUAAACGAAGGCAGAAGAAUGUACAUAAAAUUGAAAACGAAGAAUUGCCAAAUACAUACACUCCAGUAUCAUCAGAAAAACAACAUCAAUUUAAUGAAAAUAGUACAUCAACUACCACAAAUUCAUAUGAAAGUGAUUGGAAAAUUACACAAAGUCAUAACAUUCGACAAGAUUUAAAGAAUAAAAUUAUGAUGAAUAAUGAUAAGGCAAGAAGGAUUCAAAGUGAAGAAUGUACAAAUGAUAAUUUAUUAUUACAACAAGUAAAUGAAACGUUUCAGAAUGUUACUUCGACAACAAAUGUCAAACAUUUUGAUAAUAAUGAAUUUAUUCCAUACGAAUCAGUUCAAAGAUUGUUUAGUGAUAAAAUAGACUAUGGAAUGCCGAAUGAAAUUUACGAAGCAAUAUUUUAA